AUGGUGAGGGUGAAUGAAAUUCAAGGGUAUUUAUACAUAUCAUGCGUGCAAACAUACAUUAUCAACAGUGCCAAGAUCAUGUUCUGGAACGAGCGUCCUCAGCCUAGGCCAAGAAAAGGCGUCACCCACCACUGUGAGAUUUGUGGUCGGAGCCUUGUUGAUGCUUUCCGAUUUUGUUCUCUUGGUUGUAAGCUUGGUGGCAUGAAACGUGGGGAUAGCAAGUUGAGUUUCACGUUAAAGAUGAACCAUACCUAA